AUGGAGUCGGACAAAGAGCGAUCACCGCAUCAGCCGGAGGAGCCCGUCACCUCAAUUGAGAAUGACAGCUCCGUCACGGACGACCAGUGGAAGGCCAUGAUGGAUGUCACCAUGGCUAUUUACGAUUUUAGGGAGCCAGAUGGCCACGAUCCAUCGCGAUUGUUCCAUCGCAGCGUCAACAAACGUAUCGUCCCGGAUUACUAUGACAUUAUCAAGGAGCCCGUGGCGCUCAGUAUUCUAAAGCAAAGGAUCAACAAGCACGAGUACAAGUCCUUUUCGGCUUUCGUUCGCGACUGUGCCUUGAUCCCUCACAACGCGCAGACCUAUAAUCGACCCAAGUCUCAAGCCUAUGAAGACGCGCUCGUCAUCAAGGAUGUCUUUCUUACAGAACUCAAGAAGGUUGCUACAACAGGCGUGAUCACCGACGAGGAAGCCGUACUUCCCGACCUGGGAGAAAUUCCCGAAGCGGAUCCCUUGCCAGACGAUGAUGAUGAGGACGAGGAGGAAGAGGAAGGCGGAGAGGGAGAAGAAGAUGACGAGGACGAUUCCGAUGAUGAGGGCCGACGAAGAAAGAAGCCUGGUCCGAAACCAGGUGCUAAGCGUGGACUGAAGGAUUCCCAGAAGAACGAGACUGAUCCUCGAAAGAAGCGCGGUCGACCCCCGCGCGUCGACACCCCUAUGGAAACCCGCAUCAAGACCAUCCUCAAAGGGAUUCGAAAGUUCAAGAGUGCAGGAGGUCAUUUGAAAAUCAUUCACUUUGAAAGACUGCCCGAUAAAGCUGCUUAUCCGGACUACUACGUGGAAACCAAGGAGCCGAUCGCGAUUGAUAUAAUAAAGCGCAAGUCGAAGCGCAAGAAGUAUAACUCGGUCGACCACUUCAUGCGGGACUUGGAUCUCAUGUUCAACAAUGCGAAGGAGUACAAUCAAUCCGAUAGCCAGAUAUACCAGGAUGCCGUGGACCUGCAGAACGAAUCGCGGAAAUUGGCCGAGCAAGAAAAGAAGAAGCCCGAUAGCGAAUAUCUCAUGGAAGACGGGCGGUUCCCAUUGCCCGAUGGGAUCUUGCAUCGGGGCGAGUUGUGGAAAGUUGGCGAUUGGGUCCAUAUCCAAAACACAAAUGAUGUGUCCAAGCCCAUUGUUGCGCAGAUCUACCGGACUUGGCAGGACGGGGAGGGCGAGAAGUGGAUCAACGCUUGCUGGUAUUACCGCCCCGAACAGACAGUGCAUCACUUUGAGAAACACUUCUAUCCGAAUGAGGUGGUGAAGACGGGGCAGUACCGUGAUCACAGAGUUGAUGAGAUCGUCGACCGUUGCUUUGUGAUGUUCUUCACGCGGUAUAGCCGUGGACGUCCUCGAGAUCUCGCCCCCGACAAGGAGAUCUAUGUCUGCGAGGCACGCUACAAUGAAGAAAAGCACAAGCUGAAUAAGAUCAAAACCUGGGCCAGCUGCUUACCUGAUGAGGUCCGCGAGAAGGACUACGAGAUGGACCUUUUCGAUGUGCCACGGAAAAUCAAAAAGGUGCAAACGCCGAUUAAGCAUCUUCUAAAGGAAGACGCGAAGGAGACGGAUGAUCUCCCACGCCCAACCUGGGGGGCUGACAAUGCUCCGCCCGUUGUGGGUGCUGUUCACCGUCGGCCUCGGGAUGAGAAUAGCCCACACCCUCACCACCACCUUCGCUCCCCCCCAGCCCCCAUGGCUUCUGCUACACCUCGACAAUCCAUGGGCCAAUCUGUUCCAGGAGCUGGCAUGGGUAAUCUCACGACACCUCAACUCCAGGCAGCUUCUCCUUCAGCCCCAGUCAUGGCCCCAACAUCUGCAAUUCCCGUGCCCCCGGUUGCGUACCAAAGUCCAAUGAACCCACAAAUGUACCAAGGGCCCAACCCACGUCGGCCCAGCAACUUCAUCCCACAAACUCCAACUGCAGGAUACGCCCAUGCUCACGCUCAUGCCCACGCUCAACCUUCACCAGCAGUGCACCCCUACCCGGCCGCGCAACCCGCUCCCUAUAGCGCAUUACCCCCUCGUCACGGUUCCAUCGGGGCAUCAGCAUACAACCCCAACGCCCCCCGUCCAAUCGAAGUAUACCAUCUCAACGACGCCGCCAACGCCGCCAUCCCCGCCGAUAUCCGCUCUCAAUUCCACUGCAACGACCUCGGCCAAGUACUCUUCUUCUCCACACCUCCUCUAGACAUGAUCAAGCCCAUAGCACUACCCAAGCUCGGCCACUCACUCAAAUACCUCGCGUCAAAAGAGGAGCGUCAAAAGAAAGUCGCAGAGCACAAGCGCAAGCGCGCCGCAGAAACAAAGGAUCGUGACGAUGAAGCGAAACGUCUACGUGCUGAUGAAGAGACAGCACUCGCAGCUCGUAUCGAGGCCCUUGCUCCGAAAGCAAUUACCGCAAUGGUGAAGGAGGUUGCGUCUGGAACGGACCAGCUUUAUAAAUUUCUCUAUGAAGAGAAGGCGGACAGUGCGAGGGCUGCGGAUAUUGAAACUCGUGAUAGUCGGAUGAACGUUGAUCGAGAGAAUCAUCACCACACGGCUGAGAUUCAGGCCCGGUCGGCUAAUUCGGGGUUUGUGAAUCUUAAAGGUGAUGCUAUGUACCUGGGACAAGACCGAGAGCAAGACCGCGAGGAGGAAGCUUGA